GUCCCCCAGCUGGAACAGAUCUCUCUGCGGAGCCUGAGACAAACAUGGAUCAAGAAACUGUGGGCAACAUUGUCCUGUUGGCCAUUGUCACUCUCAUCAGCGUGGUCCAGAAUGGGUUCUUUGCCCAUAAGGUGGAGCAUGAAAGCCGGACCCAGAACGGGCGAAGCUUCCAGAGGACGGGGACACUUGCCUUUGAGAGGGUCUACACUGCCAACCAGAACUGUGUGGAUGCGUACCCCACUUUCCUGGCAGUGCUCUGGAGUGCGGGGUUACUCUGCAGUCAAGCACCUGCUGCCUUUGCUGGACUGAUGUACUUGUUCGUGAGGCAGAAGUACUUUGUUGGCUAUCUUGGUGAGAGGACGCAGAGCACACCUGGCUACAUAUUUGGGAAACGCAUCAUUCUGUUCCUGUUCCUCAUGUCCGUGGCUGGCAUUUUCAACUACUACCUCAUCCUCUUUUUCGGAAGUGACUUUGAAAACUACAUAAAGACAAUCAGCACCACCAUCUCCCCUCUGUUGCUCAUUCCCUAACUCUCUGCUGAAUGCAGGGCUGUUGCUCUCAUCUAAUCAAUACCUAGAUAUGCUCAUAACUCAAUCCUCUCAAGGAUGCAGGUCCCUUUAGAUAGCUGUAAAUCUAAUGGCCAUCUGGGCUUGCCAGCUGAAGUUAACCUUGCUUUUCCUGGAAGAAGACAGCAGCUCGGUUCCUUGAACAUAGCUGUGGCCCCAGAGGUGUGAGGCAGACCUAUGUUGGCCUUUUCUUGGCGCCCAUUGCUUUAUUAUGACCGGGUUGGUGGUUUCCUAAAA